AAAUGGAAAAGGCUGAUCAUAUAGAAAAACUGGACGUGGCUCACUGCUAAGAAGGAAAUGCGCCAAGUAAAUCAGAAAAGAAGCAGCGGAGGAGGAAGAAAAUAUGGGCAACAUCCUCCUAGAACUUGUUCUGUCGAUUUAAUGUUAUGGUAGGAUAUUCUUGUUCAGUGUGUUGGUACUGGUUGUGCCGGUACUAACAACUCUCCGCCCACAUUUUACAACACGGAGUGGGAUGGGAGGAAAAAGAAAACGAACAAUAACAGUGAGAAGAGCGUUGAGCUGCAGCUGUUAUAUAGAGUGUCGUGUUGGGGGAGCUAAGGCAAGUCGACUCGGCUCUCACUUCGUAGAUUUGAAUUCAGAAAGGAAAUGCUUCGGUGAUUUUACAGACCUUGGGUGAUGGUUUAUGUUGAAGAGCCAUCCAAUACUUCAAAGACAACAUGCUGGUGUAGUGGAACCCCAGCCUUGGUAGCAGCACUUUGACCCUUGUUGAACUUGCUGCUCUAAGGCCUGGGAAUUGUCUUCAUCAUGAAAUCCAGUUUUAAACAGUGGAAGCAGCUGGUGCUUAUUGGAAUGCUGUUAUGGGUCCUCAUCAUCCUGGCCCUGUUUACCUAUUUCAUGGACCUCCAUAUGGAUGAGCUGCAUGCUUCAGUCUCCCUAUCAUACUUUGAGACUAGAAGGCUGAACCCUAUUCAGGGUAACAACCGGGUCAUCAUGGGAUCUGUACAAGAUCCUCCAGUUUCUGAUGCCAACAGCCGUAAUGACAUCAUCUUCUAUAACCAAGACCUUAACAAGCAGGCAGCAGACACUUUAAAUAUAGACAAUUGGUCGAGUUUUGACAACACCGUGAAAUCCAUGUGGCAAAGAGGAGGUCAAAUGAAAAGGACUAGCAAUGAAGAUAAUACGUUAGCUGCUGGUCAGCAACAAUCUGAAAGCCUCAUUAACAAACACAUGGAGAAAAUACUCCCUGGGGAAGAAGGCACUGAUGAAAACCAAAUUCAGUUGAAGUGGAGGAAGAAUUCUAGACGAGGAAACUCCAUGCGCAGGAAGGAGAAGGAGUUAGGGAUGGGUGACGAUUUAGAGGAAUACUAUUUUAUGCAAUCCAAGUCUGUCAUUUCCAAGCUGUGGAAAGGGAACGUGUCCUCCAAGAUGCUGAACCCACGAUUGCAGAAGGCCAUGAAAGACUACAUGAAUGCCAACAAACACCAUGUAUACUUCAGUGGAAAGAGGAGCUCUAAAAAGCUAAGCAGGGAAAAACUGUUUUGUGAGAUGAAGAACCAGCUGAAAGUGAGGACUCUGGAUGGGACGGAGACUCCCUUUUCUACACUCGGAUGGGAGAAGCACGUUCCGAAGGUUUCCAUCGACAAACUCUAUCCGUCCGGCUUCAGAAGCUGUGCCGUUGUCACAUCUGCAGGUGCAAUGCUGAACUCUUCCUUGGGGAAAGAGAUUGAUUCCCAUGAAGCAGUCUUGAGGUUCAAUGCUGCCCCAUUAGAGGGUUAUCAGAAGGAUGUGGGAAAUAAGACUACUAUUCGCAUUAUUAAUUCCCAGAUUCUUGCCAAUCCGAAUUACCGCUUCAAUACCAGCACACUGUACAAAGAUGUCACGUUGGUUGCUUGGGAUCCAGCCCCUUACUCAGUAAAUCUCCACAAGUGGUAUAAGAAUCCGGACUACAACCUCUUCACACCCUAUGUGGAAUAUCGAAGAAAGCACCCGGCGCAGCCCUUCUACAUACUCCACCCUAAAUUCAUCUGGCAGCUGUGGGAUUUAAUCCAGGGAAACACCCUGGAGACCAUUCAGCCCAAUCCACCUUCCUCUGGCUUUAUUGGAAUCCUCAUGAUGAUGUCACUCUGUGAUGAAGUCCAUGUCUACGAGUACAUCCCCUCGCUGCGGCAGACAGACCUGUGUCACUACCAUGAGCGAUACUACGAUGCUGCCUGCACCCUGGGAGCGUACCACCCACUGCUCUACGAGAAACUGCUGGUUCAGAGAAUCAACAAGGGGAUGGAUGUCGACGUGCAGAAGAAGGGAAAAGUUAUCCUUCCUGGGUUCAGUGCCAUAAAGUGUGACGAAUGACUUUAAUCCUCAUGAUUAGGUUGGGCAAUUAAUAUUAGUGCAAUAAUCAAUUACUUGCUAGUUAAAAUUAAACUAAAUAAAACUUGAAACUCUUAAUAUUGACCACUUUAGUCUAGACUUUUUAUCUAUAUCCUGGAUGGUAAGCAUUCGGCUUUCUUUCUUUUUUUACUGAAUGAGAAGAAGCUCCACACCUGUAGGAGAAUACUUAUGGCAUAUUUUGUUUUUGCAAUUCCUGAGCCUAAAAUAAUUUGUACUGGUUAGAUUUGUCAUUAAACGUUUAUGAAUUUACUUGGUAGGAGACUUGGGCAAGAUUUUCAAAAGUGACUUACUUUGGUUAGCCGUCAAAAUAAUGUGUUUUGUUAGCCAUUACCAGCGCUGUAGAAAUGGUUUAGAUGGCUAAAAUUCCAGAAUAGUUGAAACAUUUUAUCACAUUCAUGCUUUGAAGAUCUUGUCUGAACGUGUCACAUACACAAAAAAGGGUUGACUCCUUUAGGACUCUGACGCCCCAGAGUAAAUUCCCCUGAAAAAAAUGACUUCAUUUAUAAGGAGUUAUUUGACUAAAAAGGUAUUUUAGACAAGUACCUAAACAAUUCACUACACUUUUGAUAGUGUAAUAUUUAUUUAACUACGGCAAUCUGUGGCAUUAUAAAAAGUGUUCUGUUAUCACAGUAGCAUCUGGAAGUUGUAACUGUUCUAUUUUAAGAAUGUGAGAAUUGUCCCCUCAGAUCUAUAUCUUGCAUCUUAAUAGGAAAAAUGUGUGUGUGUGUGUGUGUGUGUUUUUUGUGGGUGUUUUUCUGCUUAUGUCGUAAGUGGUAUUGAAUACUCUAGGUUUUGGUCAUCAAGUGCAUGAAUUGCUUGAAUGGUACCAUAUGUAUUAAUCACUCUGUAAGGCAGCAAAGCACAUUUCAAUGAAGUCAAUGUAGACUUCCAGCCUUUGCAUUGUUCAGUACAUGCAAUUCAACAUGUCAAAUAAAGUAUGUUCUAACAGCCUUAACUAUCCAGGAGAUAAAGAAAAUAUUUUCCAAAAGCCAACUCACUUAUAAUGUCGUGAUUUUUAUCUUACAAUCCUAAUUUUGUACUGGAUGAAAUCUGUUUUGUACCAAGCAUACUUUGUAUACAGUUUGCAUUUUCUCUUGUUCACUCAUAUUAUUAUUAUUAUUAUUAUUAUUAUUAUUAUUAUUAUUAUUAUUAUUAUUAUUGUAAAUCAAAUGUUAUAAAUAUAAACCUACAUUUUUGGAAUUGUCUCAACAUGACAUUAACAAGGUUAAUGAUACAGUGUGUAUGAGGUUUGGAGCAAACCAUAUUCUUUUACCUUCAUACUUAUACUGUGCAUUUACUGUACCAUGCCUGUUUUUUACUUUAGUUUAACGAUACUUCGGUGUGUUGUACCAUGUUUGUCUGUGCUUUACCUUGCCUUACUACACUUGUCCAUGCUGUGUUUUUGCUAUGGUGUAUCACGGUUAACUUUUAAGGGUGAUAAUGGUGUAAUUGAUUAUCGAUGUUUUAUAAAUUAUUUAGAUCAAGUUUACAUAAUUGCUUCCCUUCACAUGGAGUAAAUGCACCAUUUUUAUUUUGGAGCAACUGAAUAUUAUACAAUAAAAAGAACCACUUUUAUUAAUUCUA